GAAAUGUGGAAAUGUUUUGAAAUGCCCACAUAGGGACGCAUCUUUUUCGUCCAUUGUCAGUGAAGCUUUUUAAAGUGACUGAGCAAAUAAAUUCAAGGUGAAAGGUUUGUUUCAGUCCAUGAACAUGAUGUUUUAAGCGAAUCAUUUUGCAAAUGGAUGAACUAUAUGGAAUUUGAUCAACUGCAUUUUGUGAAUAAAAAACAAUACUGUUUCAAUAAUAAAAAAGGAUUAUUCAAUGUUUUAGUGGCAUAAUAUGAUUAAAAUUGCGACAGAACUCUAGUAAUUCGGAAGGAAUUCACUAACUACUGAUGUAAACAGCAUGCCAGACGAUGUUUACUUUUGUAUGGUUUACUUUUGUAUGAAUGUAACAGGUUAAGCUGUUCGGGAAGAACAUGUAGUCUGAUAAUUGUGUAUGACAUUAAAUUUUAUUUCUUGCUUGAGUGAAUUUGUGGUGACUGUGACUGCUUAUGAGCAGUGUGUUGUAGGAUGUAGAAGAACCUAAUGUCUUAUUGGCAACAUUGCGUUAUAAAACUUAUAGGUUAAGUAAAAGUUUUACCUGUGUUUAUCUGAUUGAUUGACCUUAAGCUGUUGUGAAUGUGAAAAUUUUCAUCUUUGGACACAAACAAUGGAUUAUUUAAGUGAAGUAGCUACAAACUAAGAAGUAGUUUUGUGUUCAGUCCAGGAAUUUGAUUUAAUAAACCAAUAUGUGUCAUCGUUAAUUAUGUUGUCAUGAAACUUAUGAUAGGAGAAGAGAGGAUAUUUGAGGUGAAACUCUGUGCUGUAUUGUAUUUAACAAUAUUAUGAUAACGCAUGUGGAUAAAACUGACACUUUAAUGCACUACUAUUGAAUGGAUCUUCCUUUCAGCUAGGCUAGUAUUGGAUUUUCAAAUAUAUUUACAUUUAUAGCAAUUUGCUAUAUAAACACAAUCCUGAUGUGUGAUUUUCAUUUAGCGAUUGGGAUGAAAAAAUGGAAUACUAUCUUGACCUUCAUACUAACUGAUAAACAAUGUUGACAUGUAAAAAAUAUUGGUCCUUGAAGUUGAAAUAGAAAACAUGAUCUAAAGUUAAACAAAAUGGCAGAAGUAAACAACAAAAUAAUUUACAAUGGCAAUGGGGAAUUGAAAUUAAUGGAAUUUGAAACAGUGUCUGUUAUAAAGCAGGACAUUACCAAAAAUAUGUCGGAGUAUAAUGACAGAACACAGUAUUUAGAGCCUCAGAAGGAGAUAGUUAUGGAGUUGAAUGCAAGUCAUAGUUUUUCUCAUAGUGUAACAAUGCUGGAAUCAAAGUCUGUCAAAAUGUCUUCCACUAGGACAUUGACUAUUGUCACAGAAACACUGGAGAACACAACAACUAUAGAAAAAGUAGAAAAUCAAACUGCUGUUUCAGUUUUGGAAUGCAAUCAAUUUGAAGUUUCCAUAAAUGAUGGUGCUGAGAAAGAAACAGAGUCUGAUAAUGAAUCAUCAACUUUUGUCACAGACGUAUUAGGGAGUGCAACAUCAACAAUAGAAAAGGUAGAAAAUCAAUCUGAUAUGUCAGUUUUAGAAUGCAAUCAAUUUGAAGUUUCCAUUGAUGAAGGUGCUGAGAAUGAACCAGAGUCUGAUAAUGAAUCAUCAACUAUUGUCACAGACGUAUUGGGUAGUGCAACAUCAACAGAAAAAGUUGAAAAUCAAUCUGCUGUUUCAGUUUUGGAAUGCAAUCAAUUUGAAGUUUCCAUUGAUGAAGUUUCAAAGAAUGAAACAGAGUCUGAUAAUGAAUCAUCAACUAUUGUCACAGACGUAUUGGGGUAUGCAACAUCAACAGAAAAAGUUGAAAAUCAAUCUGCUGUUUCAGUUUUGGAAUGCAAUCAAUUUGAAGUUUCCAUUGAUGAAGGUUCAAAGAAUGAAACAGAGUCUGAUAAUGAAUCAUCAACUUUUGUCACAGACGUAUUGGGGCGUGCAACAUCAACAGAAAAAGUUGAAAGUCAAUCUGCUUUUUCAGUUUUGGAAUGCAAUCAAUUUGAAGUUUCCAUUGAAGAAGGUUCCAAGAAUGAAACAGAGUCUGAUAAUGAAACUUCAAUAACUACAGAACAUACACUCAAAAGAUAUGUUUCACUAGAAGAGGUUAACAUUGAAGACAUGCGGCAGACAUAUAUUGUUUCAACUUAUAGACAUUUGUCAAAGGAUUUUGACAUAGAAACUUCUGGAAAAAGUGUUUUUCAAGAUGAGUCUAGAGAAGAUACAAGUGAAGAUCUUUGUGAUUUAGUUUUAAGUGAAGUGUUUCUUGAAAUAUCUGGAAAUCUUUCAAAGAUGAGCGAAAUUGAUGAUAUACCAAAGUGUGAAAAAGAAGACACUGAACAGAAUCAUCCAAAAUUUGUACCAAAAUGUGAAAAAGAAGAUACUCAACAAAAUACUCCUAAAUCUUUACCAAAGUGUGAAAAAGAAGAUACUGAACAAAAUACUCCUGAACAAAACAAUAGUUUUAGUCAGAUUCAAUAUGAUUCACAAACAAACACAAAAUUUAAUGAGCCUGAUUUAAAUGCCAACAAACAGUUGUCUACAAAAGAGGCUAGAAACCAUGAAGAUAUAAUUAAUCCAGAAAUGGCUAUGUUGGAAAGUUUGACUUCAAUAAAAAAGGAAAGCUUUGAAAGUAAUGAUGUUUUUUCUGUGUGUGCACAUCCAAAACAAAAUAUCGACAAUCCAUUAAAUGAUGAAUUCAGUGCAGAAUCCAUUACAACUUGCAGCGUUGUUGAAUCAAACCAACAUUAUGAAUCAGCUCAAACAAUAUGUUACGAAGAUAGGACUGGGAAUGAGCCUGUAACACAAGAUGAAAAAAAGACAACAAUAAGUGAUUCUGAAACGCAAAAUUCGAGCAAACAUUAUUUACAUGAAAAGGUUCAUGAAGAUGAGAACAUACAUGUAGAGGAAAAAAAUGUACUUUUUGUAGCUGAAAAUCAACACAAAGAAUGUACCAAAACCAUGUCAGAAAGUGUCCAACAAACUCAAACAGUAGAAACAAAGCAUGAUAGAGAUGGUGCAAAUGUUAUCCAUUAUAUUGAUGAUACAAGAAAAACAGUGCUGAAAGAGUUAUGGUAUUCACACUCUAAUGAUUUUGAAUCAACACAGCAAAAUAUACCAGCAGGGCAGUCAGUGAUUGACAAAUUGACUAUCACUCAACUUCUAGACGAGGAAGAAGAAAUGAUUGAUAUACAAGUUAAACCUCUGCCACAAACAGUCCCUGCGGGUAAACUGAAAACAAGCAUUAGUUCAAGUCAGUUAAAUAAAAAAUCUGGACAUAAGAAGGUUAAAUUUAUGGAUGUUCCAUCAGAAUAUGUUUAUCAAAGUAAUAAAAUUAUGGAGUCUGAAAAUAAAAUGUCAUUAUUAAUUAAAGACAUCCCCAAAAGUGAAUUUGAAGUAGAUUAUUUUCAAGAUGAGUUGGAAAGACAGAAGUCAGAGUUCCAACUAAUGACAGCAUUGGUUGAACCGGUUGCAAUAGAAAAGUUGACUAUAAACGAAUUGCUAAACUUGACUCAAGUUAGCAGAAAGUUGUCGAAAGAAGAACCUGCUGCAGUUAAUGAAAAUAGUUCAAAGGAAGUUAAAGAGACAACAAUACAUCAGCAAAUUGAACAACAGUUUUUAACUGGUCAGACAUCUACUGAUGAAUGGUCAAUUAAAAUUACUGUAGAAGAGCAUACUUUAGUGACUUAUGACAGCGAUAUUGAGAGUAAUACAGGUGAAACAGGUAAUGAAUCGCCUUUAUCAAGUUCAUUCUCAAGCGAUAAUGAAAAUGCAAAGGAAGUAAGCAAGAAUAGUAACACAAACAGUGUUGAUAUUCCAGUAGAAGAAUGUAAAAAUGUUAAUCCUACACCAAACAAUCAUGUUGAGCCUCCUAAUCCUGUGAUGCCUGAUAGUGCUUCUAUUGUAACAACUGAAGUUGUAACCGAAAAAAAGAGUGUAAUUUCAAGAAAUGAAGAAAGGGGAUUACAUGAACAUGCUAAGAACAAAGUGGAUGGCCUACCAAUGUUUUAUCUCAAAGAAAGUAGUUCUGACAAUGAUUUUGAUUCAAGUUCUUCUCAAGAUAGUGGGAAGUUGUUUGACACUAAUAAUGGUCACACAGUUAAGAGAAUUGAUUCAGGUUUACAUCAAAAUGGGAACCCUAUGGUCAUUGUUGAUAAGAAUACUCCAUCAGGGAAUAAAACGCCUGUUGAGGAAAAUAGAGUGGUAGAAAGUCCUGUAAAUUUGGAUGAGUUAUAUUUAAAUGAAUUGAGAAGGCAGCACCAAGUAGUUGAAACUGGUAGUAGAGUUGAAGGUAAGAGAACAGUGAUUGAAAACUUGACAAUUUCUGAUUUGUUAGUCAGGAAUAACGGAAAAGGGACCGGUACCACACAAAGUAAUGAGAAAAAGAAAGAGAUUGAUUACUUCAAAGAAGAAUUAAAUAGACAAAACAUACAGGCAAAUAGUAAUACAAAUGAGCAUUUGAAAUCACCUGAGGCAACUUUAGAGAAAAUGUCAAUUAGUGACCUGCUGGAAUCAAAACCUACCACCAAGUUUUCUGAACAUCAUGUUAUUGUUGCAACUGAGAACAAGUCACUUGAACCCCCCAAAACAGGUCAAAUACAUUCUGUUCAAGCUUUUACUGUAGUAAAUUCCUUCCAUAAUGAUAUAUUGGAAAAACGACAAAACUCUUUGCCAAAGAUUGAAGAGGAAGAACAGGUUACUGAGUGCUUUGCUGCCAGUAAUGAAAGUAUACCAUAUAUUUCUGAAAAUUCGCCUAAGACUAAAGCCUUCUUCAGUGCAGACAUAUAUGAAACAGAAUCUUCAUCGUCUUCAGAUUCAGAUGACCAACAAUCUGGAUUAUUAAUUGAAAACGAGAAAUACUCAGGAGAAAUCUUACUAGAUUCUUGUGAAAUUGAAAGCUUGUGUGAAUCAGAUUUUGAUGAACCAGAUGAAACCAUAGUAACACAAAAUGUCACUUUGACAGAGAGCAAUAAACCAGAUGUUUCUAAAUUAUUUCUGGGCUCAUCAGGUAUAAAAGGUAUGGUGGAAGUAAAGGAGAAAAUAUCAUUGAAACAGUAUGCAACAAUUCAGAGUGUAUCUGUAAAACAAAUUGACAAUUUAAUUGAUAACAGAACUUCAAAGGAAAACAAGUCUUCUGUAUUUAAUGGCUUUGCAGUGAAAGAUGAUAAUAACAUUGAUAAGGUACCUAGACUUGAAGCAGAAAGUUCAGAGAAAGAUAUUAAUGGAAAUGAAGGGACAUUGUAUGGAGAACAUUUAAAAGUCACAAACAUGGGUGUUGACUUUGAAGAACCUGAACUGAAGUCAAAGUCAUUAGAAGCUUCUGAUUUCAGUAAUGACAGGAUUGAUCAGGCAGAGGUUGAUUCAUCUGUCAUAUUGUCAACUUCUGCUCAGGAUUACCAGCAUCAAAAUAACAUUGAGCAUGGUUAUGUUACAUGUAAUGUAAAUAGCAUUGAAAUGGGUGAGUCAGACAAUGAAACUGAGAUUGAUGUGUUCACAGAUAAUCACAAAGAGGCAGAAAGGGAGAUAUUGUCAAACAAUGCAACUGACUGGAAAAGUUCCUAUCGAUUCUUUAAUGAAGAUGUCAUGGAAGAUGACUCAUUGGAAAACCUCCAAAAUGAUAGUAUUGAUGACCUAGAAAAAGCUUUUGAUGAAGAUAUUGAAAGGUAUUUCAAAUCACGGCUCAAAGACAUUGAGCGUUCUGAAUCAUUUCAAGAUGAGGAAUCUUAUGAUGUUGACACUCUAAAGACUGACAUUGAUUUAGUGACUGAAAUUGAACCAGCAGUGGCAGAAACUAAAACACUUACUUUGGUUGAAACUAACAAACAGUUUGCAAAGGCAGACAAUGAUAAUUUAACUAUAAAUGAACAUUCAUCAUCAACUACUCAAAUUAUGUUAGAUAGACAUGAAUCAGUUGAAAAUGAUUAUAUACAAGAUCAGAGGAAUAAAAUGGCUGCAUUAAAUGUAGAAACAGAAUCCGAAUCUUUGAAAAAGACACUAGCUUUGGAUGAAGCUAACAAACAGUUUGCAAACACAGACAAUAAUAAUUUAACCAUAAAUGAACAUUUAUCAUCAACUGCUCAAAUGAUGUUAGAUAAAAAUGAAUUAGUUGAUAAUGAUUAUAUACCAGAUCAGAGGAAUAAGAGGGCUGUAGUGAAUGUAGAAACGAAAUCAGAAUCUAUGGAAUUUUACACAGAAAAACAAUUAAGUGUGUUUACUAAGGAAACUUGGGAGAAAUUUAAGAUCCAUAGGUCAGAAAAUGAUGUCAGCCAACAAGAGCAAACAUGGAGUGAGAGUGGAAACACAAGUGCAAGCAUGUCACUGGAUACACUUCGUCUGGACAACAAAGAAAGAAAUGGCGGUCAGAGAACAGUGUCAUCAGAUUGGGAAACAAACACACAGUUCCUGCAAAAGAAACAUUAUGGUGCAAAGCCAAGGCUAGAGACCAGGAUUUCAAAAGAAUCUGUCUCUUCAUCCAUCCUUGAUAGCACAUUAGACAUUCUACAAAAACUUGUGGGUGACAGUCACAGCCACAAUUUGAGUGCUGACAUGUCGAUGGGCAUUGGGGGAUGUUGUCGAUGUGGUGAAGGUUUUGGACAACAUCAGCAAAUCGUCAAUAGCAACGGAGAGGUUUGGCACCCACAGUGCUUUGUGUGUGCCCAGUGUUUUCAGCCUUUCCCAGAUGGAGUAUUUUAUGAGUUUGAGGGGCGGAAGUAUUGUGAACACGACUUUCAUGUGCUGUUUGCUCCAUGCUGCGGAAAGUGUGGUGAGUUUAUAGUCGGACGUGUGAUCAAGGCCCUCAACAACAGCUGGCAUCCGGACUGUUUCCGUUGUCAGUUGUGUGACAACUCCCUUGCUGAUACAGGCUUUGUCAAGAAUGCUGGAAGAGCCCUGUGUCGAGACUGCAAUGCCCACGAGAAGGCGAGGGCUAUCGGCAAGUACGUCUGCCACAAGUGUCACGCCAUCAUCGAGGAGGGACACAUCAAGUACAAGGGAGAGGCCUUCCAUCCCUACCACUUCAACUGCAACUCAUGCAGUGUUGAGCUGAACGCGGAUGCACGUGAGGUGAAUGGAGAGCUAUACUGCCUGAGAUGUCAUGACAAGAUGGGGAUACCGAUCUGUGGAGCCUGCAGGCGUCCAAUAGAGGAGCGUGUUGUGCACGCCCUUGGCAAGGCGUGGCAUGUUGAGCAUUUUGUGUGUGCCAAGUGUGAGAAGCCUUUCUUCGGUACCCGGCACUACGAGAAGAAAGGGCUGGCGUACUGCGAGAUACACUACCAUCAGCUGUUUGGAAACAUCUGCUUCACAUGUAACAGCGUCAUCUCCGGAGAUGUUUUCCAUGCUUUCAACAAGGCCUGGCAUGUAAACCACUUUGGAUGCUCUAUAUGUGAUAGAAAAAUGAGUCAGAAAACCAAGUUUUUCGAGUUCGACUUGAAGCCUGUAUGCAAGUUCUGCUAUGAAAAGUUUCCGGGCGAACUGAAAAAACGUCUGAAAAAGGCUUACGACGAACAGGCCAAGAAAUAGACUGUUAUCCAAUACUGAUAACUGAUACAAGGGUGCUGCUAGGAUCAAUCAUUAUUUAAUUUACAUUUGCUAAAUUAGCUUCGUUUUGGAAAAACUGGGCUUAAUGCAUGUGUGUAAAGUGUCGUCCCACAUUAGCUUAUGCAGUUUGCACAGGCUAAUUUGGGAAGACACUUUCCACCUAGGCUAAAUUUUGGUUUUAAAGAGAUUUUCUUUAAACCAACAUUUUUGUAAAACCAGAAAGUGUUGUCCCUGAUUAGCCUGUGCAUCUGGGAUAACACUUUACACACAUGCAUUAACCCUUUCAGUGCGGGAACCGAAUUUUGAAGGCCUUUGCAAACAGUUUGGAUCCAGAUGAGACGCCACAGAACGUGGCGUCUCAUCAGGAUAUAAACUGUUUGCUAUGCUGAUAGUAUUCUUUGAAAAAAAUCGAAGAAAAUGCUUAUUUUAGAAAUUCAGCAGACGACAUUUUAGCAGACGACAAAUUUCCCAGCAUGCAAAGGGUUAAGCCCAGUGUUCCCAGAACGUGGCUCAAAUAAAAACAUAAUCUAAGGGGUCAGAAAUAUGAUUUACCAUAUUUAUUAUUUAUGUAAAAAAAUAAUUUAAAAACCUAAUCAUGAGAUAGUAUGUUCUGUCCAGAUCUUAAUAUUCUUGUUAAAUUGUUGUAUUUGUAUUAUGUAAUUUUUAAAACAUCUUCGGGUAAAACCCAGGCAGUAAUAUUUAAUUUGUUUGUAAUGUUUUUUCCUGAUAAUUUUAUGUAUAAAUACCAUCAUUAAACUAUUUUCUGUAUAAAUACAAAUAUGGAACAAUUAUGCGAUGUUUAUUUUAUUUUAUUUUUAUGAAGGCUAAUUUUGAUAUGGAGUUUGACAUGAAAUAUUCUAGAAAUAGGAAGAUUUUCCUAGUAGAUUUCAAUAAUACAGUAAAACUUAUUUACAUUUAAAACUAAAGAUUUGCAAGGUCUGACAGAGGUUGUAUGGUAACAACCUAUGCGUGCCAUGUAGGGUGAACCUCACUAGUGCCUUUAAUUAACCCUUUACCCCUUUGAUACGUUUUUUCACGCAUUUGUAGUCCCUAAGAAAGUUACAUGUAAUUAAAAACCUUUCUUACUAGAUUUAGGUUGUUCAGGCUUCAUUUCCAACCCUUAGAUACUGAUGAGCAGCAAACAGCAUUAAACCUGAACAGACUGCGAGUUACUCGCAGGCUGUUCUGGUUUUAUGCUGUUUGCAAAAGCCAUUUUCACUUUGCAUCUUAUGGGGGAUAGGGUUAAGAACUACAGUACGCACUCAAGUAAGUUAUGUGGGUGAUAUCUGGUACUGAGCUUUUAAUGAUUGUGUUGAUACUUGAGAUUUGUUUGUGGAACCAUACAUGUAGGUGGUAGUGUUAGCAAUGCCCCAGCUCAUGAAGUAAUAUAGGUUCAUAGGUUCUGUAGUAUUGCAGACUUUUGCAAUAGAAGGGUGCUAUUACAUUUUAGCUGCACUCUGGCAAAAUAGGGCUUAAUGCAUGUGCUUGAAGUGUCCUCCCAGUUACUAAUCUGGGACGACACUUUCCGCCUGGACUGGAUUUUUGUAAAGAGACUACCUUUAAAUGAAAAAUACUAUAUAAAUGGAAAAUGUCAUCCCUGAUUAGCCUGUGCUGACUGCUAACCUGGGUCGACACUUUACUUUGCAUUAACCCCAGUUUUCCGACAGCGCAGCUUAUUUGUAUCUAAACAAUAGGUAUAUAUGAUGAAUAAGCAAUCUGAUUUUUUGUGUGAUUGUUGUUAAUUCUUCACUGAAUUAGUACAUUUGAUAAAAAAGAUGGGCUGUUCACUUUUUUAUAAACUCAUGUAUUUGUGUUACUUAGUGCCAAUGAAAUAACCAUCAUGUAUUCUUAUUUGUACUAUUAUUGUCUAUCACAUAUGAAUAUAUAAAAUAUGUACUGAGUUUUGCUAUAUGCAAUGUAUUGUGUGGUAGGUAGCUAAACUAUUUUGUGUUGCACCUGAUCAUAUAUUUACCAGAUAAGUCUUUAUAAUCAAGAGUCCUGUAAAAAAAGACUAGAUAGUUACAUAUUAUUUGUUAAAUUUAUUAACAGAUGUACACACAUUUAAGAAAAAUUCCUGUUCACAUAGAUUUCAUCAAUAAAUCUGUCAAAUUUAAGAAGAGAACAGAUUCAUUAAAAUAAUCGCUAUUUGGGGGUAAGGUUAAACAAUUAGUGAAUAUAGUCCCAGUGAACGGUUGAAUCUUCCUGUAUUAAGAUUAUUUCCCUUUGAAUUACAUAUUUUUUAUAACAGUACUUGAAGAUUUAUGGGUAUUUUUCAUUAAGAGAAAACAUCAAGAGAAGAUAAUGUGAAAUGUUUAGAUAAAAAGUGCUAUAUGUUUGUUUUUCAAAUGAUUUUUAAUUUCAACCUUGUUUGCUUUGAAAAUUAAAAACCAUGAGUUUCAGACUGUUGAAGCUAACAUAUGAAAUGCCAAAAUAGUAAGUGGCAUAUACAUUGUUAAAGAUACUCUGAAUUUAAUAUGUUAACAAAAUCAAUUACUAAAUUGAUUGGUAGAUGUUUCUGCUGAAGCAAUACUAUUAAAACUUUCAUUUAUAAAGCACACGUAUUCAAGCAGAGCACAUACCCAUUUUGAUGUUUGGGAAAAUUCGAAACAUUUACAUGUUAUACUUUUGAAUUAUUGUGAUAAAUUUUUCACCACAUUGUGGUCAUCAUGUUAAGAUAAAUAACAAAGUUAAUCGUAAAUUUUUAUUGAAUAAUUUUGUUAUUGUAUUGAUUAUUAUUCUAAUAAUUGUUAUUUGUGUUACAUUUAGCACGCAGGCUGUUUUGUAUGUUGUACAAGUUAUUUAAAUACAGUUAUAGUUUUAAGUAGGAUGUAUGGUAGCUGUUUGAAUUUUUACAUAUGUUAUGCUUUGUAAUCAUUUGCUUUGAAAGUUAUUCAUGUUAUAAACAAGAUAUUCAAUAGUGACAUGUUUUUUGGUAGUUUGACCUUCAAAAAAGUAUAGUAAACAAUGUAAAGAUUUUGUGUUCAUUAAAGUUAGAUAUAAUAUUUAUUAUUAUUUUAGUGCAGUAUAAAUCAAUCUUUACAAAUAUUGCCACGGAAAAGUUAAAUCUCUUUCCCAGUUAUUAUUUAAGGAUUAAUUUCCAUUACUCCAAAAUCACUGACAUUACCACAUCAAAUUGCUGAAAGGGUAAGAGCCAGUAUCAUUAAGACUGGGUUGGUGAAAACAAGAUGAGUAUUGUUAUAUUUAAAUUUCUAUUUUAAUCUGUUUUUGUUUUUGUCAAAGAGUAUGAAUAGAUAUCAUAUAUCUACAUAUGUACUACUAAGUAAGAUUGUAUGCCACUUGUGGGUAUUUCCUGCAGUAUGAAUAUGUUGCAAACACAAAUGUAUUUUAAUAAAUCAUUUAUAUUGUAGAAUAAUGUAGUCAUAUCACAUCAAUUGGUAUUAUAUUUAUUUUGUUAAUUAAUUGCUCACAGUGAAGCAGUAGGAGACCUAUAAAAAGCCAUUUGUCCAUCCAAGGAACAAAAAGCCAUUUGUCCAUCCAAGGAACAAAAAGCCAUUUGUCCAUCCAAGGAACAUUUUGUAACAUUUUUUAUCCUCAUAUUUUCUUUACCUUUUGAAGGAAUUAAAAACAAAAAUUGGCUAAAAUGUUAAGGACCUUGACCCAUAAUUAUACAGGGUAAAGGUCAAGGACACACUUCAAUGUUUCAUGUUUAAGCCUUCCUUUCUAGGUCAAGUGCCUUUGUCUGUUCAAGAAUGUUCAGGAAUCUUGACUCAGAUGUAUCACAUAUUGAGACCAUUUUCAGAAGGCAUUAGAAAGUCGGGCCAACACAAAGACUAGGUCAAACUUGUAGGUUUAACAUAUUUGCGUGUAUAUUCAUUUGUUUUGCUUAAUAACCUGUGCCCUAAAAAUGAUAUAAAUUAAACUUUACUCAUUUGUUUUACAAUUUAUUGCAAUCUGCUAAAUCUGUAGCCACCUGAAGGUCAAGGUCACAUCAGAAGGUAAAACAGAUCAUUGGGGUCAAAGCCGUUCAUGAGACUUCCUUUUUCAAUGCUAAAACUUUUAAUAUAUCACUGUGAAGUUAGUUUUCAUUAGAUUAGUUUCACAUUUCUUUCAAGUUUUGUGCAAAAAAAUUAAUUUGCUUUGUUUGUUUGCUUGAGAAAUGUCAUUGAGUAUAUCUUGUAAGUAAUUCAAUAAAGCGAUGCUUGAAUUCAUCUCAAUUUCAUCACAAUUUACAUUACUUCCUCUCAUAUGUAAAUAUCAGUCCAUUCUGAAAUGCUACAUACAGAAAUUAUGUAAAAAAAAGUACAAAAUGUAUGUUUAACUUUAUUGAAAGCAAUAUAAUACUAGCUGACCUAUUCCAAAUGCAUUUAUAUUCUACAUCAUGAAUAUGAAUUCUUAAUAUUAUACUUGACUACCUCAGGUCAUGUCAAUUUGUGGUAAGUGAAUUUAACACUUGAAUAAACAACAGUAACCUUUAUUUAAACGUCAAUGUUUGAUAUUAUACAAUAAGACAUUACAAUAAAUUUUUGUUUCAAAGAUAUAUUGUAUAUAUUAAAAGAGAAGGUACAUUAAUAUGUAAUGCAUUUUUUCAAGAUCGGCUAAGUCAGUAUAGGAAUAUGAUUCCUUAAUUAACAUUGUACUGGUUUAUCAUGUUUUUGAUAAUUUAUGUAAGCCAUGAUUGAAUUACAUAUGGAAAUACAUCAUAUCUGGAUUUAUUUUGUUUUCUCAGAAAUGAUAUAUUGCCUUGCAUUUGUCAAAUUGCUUUUUGCAUAAACCUAAAAUAUGAAAUAUAAUCAUCCUGCAACAGUUAUUGUGAACUGGAAGAACCAUGAUUGGCAUAAAUAAGAGCACUUAUUUUAUUUUUGUAUCCAAGUCAUAACAUAAGCAUGUUAUUUCCUUGCUUUGUACAAAUCUUAUUUUGUCAUGUCUUCUCUAUCAAAAAUAUGACUCUACUUUUUAUGCCCCCGGUAGGGUGGUAUAUAGAAGUUGAACUGUCCGUCUGUCAGUCCGUCAGUCUGUGCGUCUGUCCCAAAACUUUAACAUUGGCCAUAACUUUUGCAAUAUUGAAGAUACAUGUAGCAACUUGAUAUUUGGCAUGCAUGUGUAUCUCAUGAAGCUGCACAUUUUGAGUGGUGAAAAGUCAAGGUCAUCCUUCAAGCUCAAAAGUCAAAAAAUGCAAUCCAAGGGAAGUAAUAAACUUUUAAAUGGAGAUAAUUUCUUAACCUGCCAAAUGAUAUAUUGAAAUUUUAUUUCAAAGCGGCGCAAUAGGGGGCAUUGUGUUUCAGUUAAAAAUAGUUUUCUUAUAUUUGAUUUUAUAUCUAAGUUGGAUUAAAAAUGUUCAUCUUGCAUACAAAUCAGUAUUGUAAACAGUUUUUAAAAUAUUGUCUAAAAACAUUUAUGAACUCAUUAUGCAGUGUGGUUUUGCAUGUUCAAUAUUGUAUUUUAUAUUGGUAUUAUAUAUCAUUUAAAUGUGUAUUAAACAUUUACCUUUAAUAUA